UAUUAGAGAGUUUCUGCUCGUGAUUAUCGUUCUUGUCAACGUGAAACAAAAUAACACAAUGUCAACAUUAGUGAAGCUGUUUUCCCUGCAUACGUUAAGAGGUCUGCAGAAUUGUCACAUUGCAGGAACAUCUUAUCUGGUAUCAUGCAAAUUCAGCACUUCGAACAGACUUCAUGCUGCCAGUCACUACAAGACGGCCUUAGAGGCAGUACAGGACAUACCCAGUGACUGCAAGCUUCUGGUGGGAGGUUUUGGACUGUGUGGCAUACCAGAGAAUCUGAUUGGAGCGUUGCUGGAGACCAAGCCUAAGGGUCUGACCAUUGUCAGCAACAAUGCUGGUGUCGAUGACUUUGGGUUGGGACUUCUUCUCAAGCAAAAACAGAUAAAGAGAAUGAUAUCAUCGUACGUGGGAGAGAAUGCAGAGUUUGAGCGCCAGUACCUGAGUGGGGAACUGGAGGUGGAACUGACCCCACAGGGAACACUUGCAGAGCGUAUACGAGCGGGUGGGGCAGGUAUCCCAGCCUUCUUCACUCCUACAGGUUACGGCACACUAAUUCACGAGGGUGGUGCUCCAAUAAAGUACAGUCCAGAUGGGGGAAUAGCAAUUGCCAGUGAAAUGAGAGAGUCUCGGGAAUUUAAUGGACGUAACUACAUCAUGGAAGAAGCCAUCACAGGUGACUUUGCUCUCGUGAAGGCCUGGAAGGCAGACAGGUCUGGCAAUCUAGUGUUUAGGAAGACAGCGCGCAACUUCAAUUCGCCGAUGUGCAAGGCUGCCAAGGUGACCAUUGCUGAGGUGGAGGAGAUAGUCGAGGAUGGACAGAUCGACCCUAACGAUGUGCACAUACCCCACGUCUAUGUGCACCGCGUCAUCAAGGGACCGAAGUAUGAGAAGAGGAUUGAGCGCUUAAAGCUCUUCAAGAAGGAGGUGGCGGGGGAGAUGUCUGCAGGAGAGGCCAUGAGGACACGGAUCAUCAAACGAGCGGCGCUGGAGUUCCACGACGGGAUGUAUGCCAACCUGGGUAUAGGCAUGCCGAUGCUGGCCAGUAACUACAUUCCACCGGGAAUGACGGUGCACCUGCAGAGUGAGAAUGGCAUUCUGGGAUUGGGCCCCUUCCCGACUCAGGACCAGGUGGACCCGGAUCUGAUCAAUGCGGGCAAGGAGACUGUCACAAACCUGCCCGGAAGCAGCUUCUUCUCCAGUGACGACUCAUUUGCCAUGAUUCGGGGUGGCCAUGUGGAUAUCACCAUUCUCGGUGCUAUGCAGGUGUCUCGAUACGGUGACCUUGCCAACUACAUGAUCCCUGGUAAAAUGGUUAAAGGAAUGGGUGGAGCUAUGGACCUGGUAUCUAGUGGCAACAAGGUCAUCGUGACUAUGGAGCACACUGCCAAGGGAGGUAAACCAAAAAUCCUGGAUAAGUGUGACCUCCCUUUGACUGGACAGAAAUGUGUGAACAUGAUCAUCACAGAGAAGUGUGUGUUUGAGGUAGACCCAGAGCGAGGUUUGAUCCUGACUGAGAUUGCAGACGGUGUGUCCGUACAGGAUAUCAUAGAGUCGACUGGCAGUGAGUUUGAGACUGCCAGCACGGUGAAGCCCAUGGGGCAGUGAGGCAUGUAACUGUAAAUGCAGCUGAAACCAUCAAGCCCAUGGGACAGAUUGCAGACAGCUGAAACAAAUAAUCAACAUAAUCUCUGUAAAGUUUUAUGAUAACUGAUCAUGUGUAAUUAUGUCUGCGUGAAAGAUUUCCAUCCAAAAAUGACACAGGCUGCUACUAAAAAUUGAGAUUUUCUAAUCAACAUAUAUCCAAGGAUUUUAUCAAUGUAUGUGUGAAAUGCAGCUGAAUACUUGUAGUAAACAUGUUUUCAUGCCCGCAUCAUCUACUACUGUGGAAAGCAUAAAGAUAUUGGCUUGAUUCUUUUGUUUGUCCGUCCAUAGGCAAAUAACUCAAAUUGACAUCUUUUGUAUAACAUCAAUACGCUUUCUUCAAAUCUUUGAUAUUGUUUUAAAUGUUGUCUUUGCACACUUUCAACACUCCAACAAGACACCUACAUCACCUUUUGAUCUUGAUAUUAAAAGACUUUUGAACUAAUUGAGAAGUUCUUACUAAAAAGCUUUGGUACUUCCAUUCAACACUCGGCGCACUCACAUCACCUUACCUCAUUUUGACCUUGACAUUUAUCUAUUUUUGGACUAAUUAACCCUUUGCAUGCUGGGAAAUUUAUCGUCUGCUUAAAUGUCGUCUGCUGAAUUUCUACAAUUAGCAUUUCUUCGAAAUUUUUUCAAAAAUUACUAUCAGAAUAGCAAACAGUUUGGAUCCAGAUGAGACGCCACGUUCUGUGGCAUCUCAUCUGGAUCCAAACUGUUUGCAAAGGCCUUCAAAAUUCGGUUCCCGCAUUGUAAGGGUUAAGACAUUCAAAUAGGCCAAUGAAUCAAUACCGAAUAGGCUUUUACCAGGUGCAUCAGCAGUUAUCGAACACAACAUCUUAAAAUUUUGAGCUCGGCGUUUUCAGAGAAAACCCGAGGCAUUGUCAUAGCCAGCUCCUCGUACGCCGUCUGACGUCGGCCAUAGGCUUCGUUCUAAAACCUUUACAUUGGCUCUAAAAUCAAAGUGCUUCCACAUACAACUUUGAAACUUCAUAUGUAGAUGCACCUUGAUGAGUUCUACAUGCCACACACAUUUUUGGGUCACUAGGUAAAAGGUCAAGGUCACUGUGACCUCUAAAAAAAAAUAAAUUCUGACAAGCUUUCAUUUAUUCAAAACUGCACCUGUAGCCGAGCUUGGCAUCCGUUAUGCGGUGCUCUUGUUAGAAUUGGAACAGACUUUUAUAUUUGAUUCUGGUCCUUUCCAAUAAUUGUUGUUACAUCUAUUUGAAAUGCUAAGAUAUGAAAGACAUAAUAGUAAAGCAUUUAUAUUUAAUACAUAUUGACCAUUUUACAUAGUGCUGGACAUUAAAAUGGAAUUUGUUACUCUUCUAGAAAUGUGUGUAUGUCCCUUUUGAGUACUAUUUUUUGUAUUGGCAGUUGUAAAUCAUACCAUUGAUGUUGCAUAUUCUAUGUAUGUCAAUAGGACCCCUUUUGUAUGUAGUCUCUGGCAUUUAUAAAUGCACAACAAUAAAAAAAUUUGAAUCAAUAUCACAUCUAUGAAGAACUAGUGGUCUACAUGCUCAAUAGGACAAAAAGUUCAUGUUUAUUACAUAUGUUCUAUUGAUAGUAACAUUAAUACAAUGAAAGGCAGGCGUUAUGAUGUUGCCAAUUAUUGCACAAAUAAGGAGUGUGCCAAAAGUCCAUAAUGAGAAAAAAUGCACUUGCACAAAACAAUGUGAUGUCAUUUCAUAAAAACAGUGCUCUAUUUUACCUCAAACAAGCGCUAUGUUCUUAUAAGCAUAACUACUAAAUUAUUUAUUUUUUAGGUGUAUAGUGGGGAAAUGAUAAAAUUAAAAUUUAGAGAGCAAUAUGAAAUCUCACUUUGAACUGUUAUAUGUUAUGUUUGUUAUGAUUGUAUUUUUAUUACAUAAUGUAUCCGUGUCAUUGAUAUUUGAAUUUGCUAAGUAACGUAUCUGCCUGAAAUGUAUAUGUAUCAAUCAGAUACAAUAUUGGUUUGUUUCAUGAUUAGUCCCAGAUUUUUGAUUUCAUGGCUAAUUGCAGAAUGAGGUUUCGUUAAAACACGAGUUUCAUUAUUACACCGUAUCUAUUUUAAUAGUAUGCUUUGAUAUGGAAUGUGGAUGCCCAUUGCUAUAUCAUAUCGAGUUGAAACUUUUACAAUAAACUUAUGGCAUACAUUGUAUAUGAAAGUAACAAUUUUUGCCAAGCUAAAUAUCAUUUUUUAUGCACCCAGACCGAAUGAUCAGGGAGUAUAUUGUUUUUGGCCUGUCUGUCUGUCAUUGUAUGUGUGUGUGUCUGUCCCAAAACUUUAACCUUGCUCAUAAAAUCAAAACUCUUGGGCCUUAUAUAAUGUUCUUUAAACUUCACAUGUGCAUGCCUCUCAUUGAGAUCUACAAUCAAACAUGGUUUGAGGUCACUAGGUCAAAGGUCAAGGCAACUGUGACCGUUACAUUCAAAAUAUAACCUUGUUUCUAAAAAAGUUGCUGCGCGGCUUCAAAGCGCAGUAGGGGGCAUUAUAUUUCACAAACACAGCUUUUGUUUAUUUAGUAUUAACUUAUGUACAUACAACCGUAUAAUAAAAAGAUGUACAUAAACAUUUAUAUUAAAGCACACAUUUAAAAACUA